AUGGAGGCCAAGCGGAAGGCGAAUGGAGCCUCCGAUGCAGAGGACCGCAAUGCGAAGCGGCGCAGAGUAGCUCAAGAUUACGAUCUUUCCAAGGGCGAAUCCCGCGAAUCGACCACUGCGCAUGGGCUGGUAUUUCUCGACCAGAUCCGUCGGACCGCCGAUAAAAGUGGCCGUCUUGUCGCGACAGCCUUUGAAGAGCUCGUCUCUCGCGAAAGUAACCCCGACUACUACAAAAGGACGCGACUGCCGAUUUCCCUGGAGACGAUUGAAGAAAAGCUCAACGAUGGCUAUUUCAAGAGCCUCGCAGAGCUGGAGAGCUACUUCAAGCGCAUGAUUGCCAAUGCCAAAGAGUAUUAUACGCGCGGAUCACAAAUCUUCGACGAUGCCGAGCGGGUUCGCAAAGCGCUGAGCAAUUACAUGACCAAGACAAACCCUGCAUACAGCAAUCGGUCCUACCAGGCAAUUCCUACUCCAUUACCGCCGGAAAAUGCAGAUGAUGAGGAUGAGGAGGAAGAAGAUGCAGAGGGAGAGGAUGAGGAGGAGGGAGACGAAGAUGCUGAUGGCGAGGAUGCCGAGGACGCUGAGGAUGCCGAAGGUGAGGACGAAGACGCAGACGGCGAGGACGAGCCUGAAGAAGACGAGCAGCCAAAAUCAAGGCGAAAGGCCAUUAUCCUCAAGCGGAGAGGAUCCAGCCGCACUCGGAGAGGCUCCAACAACGAUAACCCAAGAACUCGGUCACCACCACCAAGUCGUCCCGAUCACGAGUAUGAAAACGUGCCGUACAAAGGCCUCACUUUCCAACAAGCUCAAGAAAAGAUAGUGGAAGAACUGAUACGACACCAAGAGCCAGACUACGACGAUGCCUACUUCGAGCCUUUCAUUAACCUCCCUCCUCGAGCCUUGAGGGACUACUACAAAGUCAUUACCGAUCCCCUAUCGCUCAAGAAGCUGCAAAAAAUUGUCAAGGGCGUGCAUGGGCGGAACGAUGCAACUGGCGUGAGCGACUUCAAGACAUGGAGCGCCUUUGAAGAAAAGUCAAAACUCCUCUGGACCAAUGCCUAUUUCUACAACGAAGAAGGCAGCGAUAUAUACGUGCUGGCACAGGAGCUUGAGAAAAUGUUCUACAGCCACCUUAAGAAGGCACAGGCAGCUGUCUCAGAGCCAUUUCAACAGAAGAUCAAGCUCAAAGUUGGACAAGGAGGAUCUGAGACACCCAGCUCGUCCAAGAAGAUCACUAUUCAUGUUGGCGGGCGUGACAGCUCUGUAGCUUCGCCAGCCCCUCAAGCAACCCAAGCACCAGAGGCCAAUGGCGCGGCAAACACCAGUGGCUCUACCCAGCUUUCAGCCAAUCUUGAAGCUCCUCGAAGUAUCUCAGCAUCUGCGCCCUCCCCGACUCCCUCAUCACAGGUAGGGCUAAAGGUGGAGGAUGGUUCGCGGGCCUCUCCAGCCGUUGCCAACGUGCCCCCUGGAAUGGCAGGACAAGCGGCCUUGCGACCUCCUAUUCCCGCGAUCCCAUCUCAGCCAUUCCAGACUAAUCCGCUGGUGAAUGGCUAUGCGGACCAGAGAAGAUUUCGCGCUACUGGCAAAGGAAUCGAGAGUGCACUGAUUGAAAAACUACGAAUUCAAACUCUUCCCAGCAUCCCGAAUGAGCGCCCCACGCUACUCACCGUUUUACCCAACGCAAAGGAGAUGCAGCAAUCCGCAACCGUCAACUUGCCGCAUUCUCAGACUCGCAUCUGGAUUGUCGUAACGCUGCCAUCUUUCCUACAGGAUCGUCAAUAUAGCCUGUGGACCCUAGUGGACAAGCAACCCUGGAAGCAGUUGAUGCAGCCUAUCCCGAACCAGACACACCACGAAAGAGCAUUUGACGUUAUGCUGCAUCCUGGGCUUAACGUCAUCGAAACCCAUCUCAUCGCCGCAAUUCCGCGCCACGAGAGAGAACCGGGGGGCCCUGAGGCGGAAUUAGAAGUCUUCACUGUGCUUAUUAACGUGUCGCGGCCGUACUAG